ACCUCAACCAUAGCUCUACUUUCUAUAUACACCAUUUUUACUCUCUCUCUCUAUCUGCUCUCGAUGUAUGGUGGGUUAGCCAUGGCGGCGAAGCUUGCACGGAUCCCUUGCUUGAAGCUUCAUGCGGUUCGAGCCUUUGCCGCACAAGCGUCCCCAAAAGUAUCGCAGAGCAAGUUGGAAUGCCUGCCCAAGCAAGACAUUGAGACGUCCACAUUGCCCAGCGGCCUGACAGUGACCGCCUUAGAAAACUACUCGCCAGUCACGCGGCUCGCCAUUGUGGUCAAGGCUGGCGCCAGGUAUGAAGAUGGCAGCAACCUUGGCAUCACCCACACCCUGCGCAAUGCAGCAACCUUGGCCACCAAAAGCCACUCCAAGUUUGCCGUCACCAAGAACAUUGAGUACGUCGGUGCCAACCUGACGGCGUGCAGCACACGAGAGCACAUCAUCUACCUGUUGGAGUGCAACCGUGACGAUGCUCAUGUGGCUCUCAAGUUUGUCCACGAGGCAGCGUUUCUGCCGGCCUUCAAGCACUGGGAAGUUGACGAUGUGGCACCCCACCUCCACAAGGAGCUGGCCCUGUUUCGGCAGAACCGAGAGGCCGUGCUCAUGGAGGCGGUGCACGCCGCUGCCUUCCGAGGCGGCCUUGCCAAUUCCCUGUACAUCAAGGACUUCCUCGUUGGCCAUUACAACAAUGAGAAGCUGGCCCACUUCUUCAAGAAGCACGUGAGUGCACCACGUGCCGUCAUCUCCGUGGUCGGCGCGGAAUGCCAGCGGUUGUCGGAUGCGAUCAAGGGCGUUGAGCUGCCCACCCAUCCCGGUGCCGACUUCCUGCCGAGCAAGUUUGGCUCAGGUGAAACUCGGCUCGAAUCGCCCGGCGAGUACGUGGACGCGGCGGUGGUCGUGGAAGGCGUGGGCGUGCGCAACUUCAAAGAGUGCACUGCCCUCGGCGUGUUCGCGCACAUGCUGGGUCUUGGUCCCCGGCUGCCGUACAGCGAGAGCCAGGCCACCAAGCUGGGCGAGGCAGCAGCGAAGGUCACCCAGAAGCCCUUCGCCGCCACAGCGCUGAACGUCAACUACACAGACACGGGCCUUUUUGGUGUUGCCGUGGCUGGCCAUCCUGAUGAUAUGGACAAGCUGAUCAAGGCAGUGAUGGGUCAAGUACGGACGGUGGCACAGAAGGUCACCGACAAGGACGUCCAAGACGCCAAGCAGAGGUUGAAGGCUGCCGUGCUGUUCAGGCGGGAGAACCUUUCAGAGCUGGCAGUCGAGAUGGGUGUGCACGUGUCGCGCACCGGACAGCCCUGGCAACACGACGAACUCCUGCAGGCCAUCGACGCCGUCACCACACAGGAUGUCGCCACGGUGGCAGCCCGGGUGACGAAGAGCAAGCCGGCGAUGGCUGCUGUUGGUCGCUUACACAACACCCCGCACGUCGACGAGCUCGUCUAGAAAAGACUGCUGUAGUUGUGCUUGCACGCAUAGUGGUUGCUGUUGCUGCCGGGACAUCUGGGUAGCUAAGUGACUAGGACGCGCCGUUAAUAAAUGAAAAAUCUUCUGGCCGACA